AUGGGCUUACGAUGUGGAAAUACAGCCCGUUUAACCUUCAUGUUAGUUCUCGUUGUGCUUUAUUUUUUGGUCGAACUGAUUGUUGGGAUCUCGAUACACUCUAUUGCUCUAGUCGCAGAUUCAUUUCAUAUGCUCUCGGACUGUCUUGCCUUGGUGGUUGGUAUUGUGGCUUCGCGGAUAGCCAAGUGGCCUCGGUCAUCUAGAAAUACUUUUGGUUGGCAAAGAGCUGAAGUAAUGGGUAGUUUGAUCAAUACAGUUGUUCUGAUAACUUUGUGUAUGACCAUACUUCUGAGAGCUAUCGAGCGGUUUAUUGAGACGCAGGCUAUUGAAAGUGCUCAAAUUAUGGUCUACGUCGGCUGUGGUGGGCUUUUGAUAAAUAUUCUGGGACUUAUCGUUCUCGGUGGUCAUUCACACGAAGGUUCAGGUCAUGAAAUGGAUGGAACAAGAGAUGUACCACUGACCCCGACAGCCUUCGGUGCUACCUUGCCUCUCAAUAAUUCAGACGGAGCUUUUUAUCAAGUUAAUUCGGCUCAUUCUAUUUCAGGAGCGAACAACGUAUGUAGUGAUAGAGUGGAUGGUAAUGUUAUGCAAACGUUUCCUGAUAAAGAUCAACAUGAUCAUUUUGAAGCAUCCCAAGAUGUCCUUAACCAACAGAAAGUGACUGUUAAAAUAAAACACAACCACUCUAAAAAGUCUCACAAAGGCUCAAUGAAUAUGCAGGCUGUAUUUCUACACGUGCUAGCUGAUUUCAUGGGUUCUGUUAUUGUUGUAAUUAGCGCACUAGUGUUGUGGUUGGUACCUGGGGAAGUUUCGAAGGGCGAAGCAGUUUGGAAACUGUACAUUGAUCCGGCUAUGAGCAUACUGAUGGUUACCAUAAUCUUGAUCACUGCUAUACCCCUCAUGUACAAAGCUACAUUAAUUUUGUUGCAAUCCGUUCCCAGUGAGAUUUGUUUGAAGAAUUUAAAAGCGCGCAUGGAAAAUAUUGAUGGGAUACAUAAAAUUCAUGAUUUACAUGUUUGGCGUCUACAAAGCAAUUGUAUAAUUGGAACUGUUCAUAUUCGUUGUGUUAGUCUACCGGAUUAUUUAAAUAUUGCUCGUGAAGUCAAACAGCUAUUCCAUGAAUUCAAUAUACACUGCACAACAAUACAACCAGAAUUUGAAGAGGAUACCGAAGGAUCGCCGUCAGAUUAUCUAACCUGUGUAUUAGAUUGUGGUCCAAAUAAAAAUUGUCAAUCUGACACAUGUUGUCCUGCAUCGAAUGUGUCAGCAUCACAGCCCAUGCCGUUGAAUGCACUCUCCGCAUCACAGAAUUCCGUUGUUGUUGGUGGUGGUGGUGGUCCAGUAUUGAAUAAUGCAUCCAAAUAUGAACAAAACAAUUCAUCAUCAGAUAGAGAAGUACGCCUUACUCUUAG